CUUCCGCUGCGAAUCUUCAAUUGAAUUUAUUCUUCCUGUCUGCCAAAGGCAAACCAGCAAAUAUCGCAACCACUUCGGUAAAGGCACAAUACAACUCUUCAGGGUUGUGGUCCUGCCAGGUCGCUGUCCAUCGCGACACAAUGCCUCGCUACCUCAAAGCGCCAUUUCUGAUCGGUUUGCCAAAUAUGGCCGCAAGUGCCUGGUGCUACCAAAUAGUACGCUUAUUCGGGAUCGCUUUGGGGCUGCUAGUCGUACUCUCUUUCUAUACCACCAGCAGCUACAACUCUAAGCAAUUUCUGGAUGUGGGCAUUGGAAGCCACCAUAGAGUGUCCGCAAGCAUUUCCACAUGCCAAGCAUGGUUCGAGGGCAAAGAUCAGGCCUCAAGCUUGCACAAUCCGAUGGGCAGGGACUUCGAAAUUGACCCAGUUAACAUCUACGAAGUUGGCUUCCCAUAUUGGUUCAGGGCAACAGAUAAAGACUUGCAGGCAUGUGACAUUCCUUGUAGGUCAAUCUUUCACAAAGCGGUCGAGAGUGCAACCGUUACACAUUGGGAUGCCCGAACUGAACAGUGGCCGUCAUCCCCCUUAGACAACAAGGAUUACUCGCACGGCUUUUUGGUCCUUCGCAAUACUGAAUCCCCCGUCCGGUUCGGCGGCCUUGCUAUUGAAAGAGCGCACCGUGCAGGUUACAACAUUGUCAUGACCUCAGAGCUGGCAUCGGAUGUACCAAUACCCUAUGUGGGCCGCGGUUCCGCAUUAGAUAUUGACAUUUUUGCGCCUGCGUUGCCAUUUGAAAAAAAGCGGAAGGCAGCAAUGGCGGUUAUCAGCAACUGUGGUGGAAAGACCUUCCGAUUGCAGGCUGUGGCAAAAAUGCAGGAAUUGGGUAUCCAGGUGGACAUGUAUGGUCGCUGCAUGCACAACAAGGAUUUUCAAGACGACGUCGAAAGCACUGAUCCCUGGUGGAAUCAGAAGAUUGUAACUGCACGAACAUACAUGUUCUACUUAACCUUUGAGAACAGUCGGUGGCCUGACUAUGUUACGGAAAAGCUGUAUCAUGUACUGACCGCGGGCAGUGUACCGGUUGUCAUUGGUGCUCCAAAUAUUGCCGACUAUAUGCCAAGCCCAAAGUCGUACCUCUACCUGGAUAGCUUAGAGGAUGUUCCAGCAGUUGUGGAGAGGAUGAAGUUCUUGAUGCAGAACCGGUCUGCCUACGAGGCAAUGCUUGCCUGGAAACAGCGAGAGGCCCCCAACAGUUUCAAGGCUAUCGCUGAUAUUUCAGGCGUCCACCACACUUGCCAGGCUUCCCAUGUCGGGGAAACACAUGGCCCACGUUUUGAGCGACACACCAACGCGCGACAUCGGCCACCAGUGAUGCGUGAGCACUCCAAGGACGGCACUCGCAAUGCCAGCCUCCAUUAUGACAUCCUUGAUGUCACGCUGGAGAUCAGGGAGGGGGCGGCCGACCGGGGUGGUCUUGACAAUCAGCAUAAGCUCGGGGGGAUAAAUCUUCGAGUGUUCAAGCUCGUUGGGGCCGUUUGUGGAAGGGGGUUUGGAAGUUUGCACCUCAUCCGGUUUCAUGCGCUUUGGGGCGGGGUUGGGGCCGUCCGAUCAGCGCCUCGGGUCAAAGAUAGGCUGUUGGCCCGGAGAGGGCCCGCCCGGAGGGGGAGGGGGGAGGAUGGGAUGGGUGGUUGCGGCCGGUUCCGCCACGGCGGCUAUCUGAGUUUCGAUCUGGGCAACCGGGGGGCCUUGUUGGGGACCGGGGGCGUGGUUUGGCUGAGGUGCACCUCAAUACUGCAUUGGCGGGGCUCCGCUAUACCCAUAUAUGGGAUGGGGUGGGGGUUACUGCAGCCCUGGCCCAGCCGUGCUCUUAUCUGAGCAGGUCGUUCAACAGGGCUAUGAUUUGAUUGGCUCGGUUAGCCAAGUGGGCCAUCCCCUCCGUGUUUUGGGCUACCGUGCGUUCGAGGUAGUCCAGCUUUUGGUUGCCAUUUUCCUUCCACACGUUCAGUUUGUGGAGGGUGAUUGACGAGGUUUUGAUGAAGUGAUCGGAUUGAUCGCAUUUGAAGUCGUAUGCCCCCAUCUGCAAGUCAAUGGAGUGGGUUCUUGUCCGGAUUUCUUGGAUUCGUUGAGGACCGCCGUGCUAAAAAUGCGUUCCGAAGGCCCCUUCUCAGCGGCGAUCUUACUGAAUCUAUUGAACCCCGCGUUUAGGAGGGUUGUUAGGGACUGGGCGGCCACUUACGCGAGGUUUGUGCUUUUUCCGGGUUGCAAGCUGCUUCCCAGACCCGUUUCAAGGUUGGGGGUUUUUCCGAGCCGGAGGCGACUAUUGUGACUGUGGGGGAUUCGGUGCUUUCAGGGCCAGCGCCACCCGCUUUGACAACCGCGGCCAUUGAGGGGCCCCCAUUAGGCCCCUCCGGGGUAUUCAAGUUGCCAGUUGGAGCUUUGCCAUUGUUAGGUGCAUCCAUGAGUACCUGCGGGUUUAUGUGAGUUUGUUGAGUCAGAGUUGCUGGUUAUGUUUAACUCCUUACAAUGUUGCUUAUACUAGGACAGGUUAAAACAACCGGGCACUGAUAUGCAGACGAGAAAGGACUCGGUAGGCUGGAUUGAUG